ACUGUCUAAUAUAAUACUGCAAGUUAAUGUAGUACUGUAUACUAAGUGGAAUCUUGGACUUAAUAUUUUCGAUAGCCACCCUACUAUUUCUUGAUGGCAACAGAUACAAAGCGUGUAGUUGUUGGAGUGGAUGUUGGUGGAACAAACACGGAUGCAGUCAUCCUGGACAUUGAUACGAAUCCUUUUAAAGUGUUGACAUCAUUUAAAACACAAACCACUCAUGACGUGACUUCCGGUGUAAGGAAUGCUGUGGUUUCAGUUAUCAAUAAAGCUUUGGAGAUAUCGCCGAUAGCCCUUACACAAAUUAACAUUGGAACCACCCACUUUGUAAAUGCAGUCUUACAAAGAAAAGGCCUUGUUAAGGUGGGUGUCAUUCGACUUUGUGGACCGGCAUCUCGCAACAUUCCACCCUUUUCCGACAUCCCUGAAGAUUUGCGAAAAAUUGUUUAUGGAGGAGUCUGUAUGGCAAAUGGAGGAUACGAAUUCGAUGGUAGAGAAAUAUCACCAGUAGAUAAAAAUGAAAUUAUUGACUUUCUGAAGAAAAUGUAUUCAAUUGGUGUCAGGAAUAUUGUUGUAGCUGGAAUAUUUUCACCUGUUUGUGUCGAUCAGGAAAACUUGAUCUAUACGUUCAUAAAAGAGUAUAAUCCCAAUAUAAGUGUUACAUUGUCACAUCACAUUGGCCAAAUUGGGCUUUUGCAGAGAGAAAAUGCAGCAAUACUCAAUGAAACUUUGAAACCUCUGUGCAAAGGAACUGUAGAGCGGUUUAACACCGCUAUAUCAGAAAUAGGAAUAACCUGUCCAUUUUUUCUUACCAAAAAUGAUGGUACCAUCAUAGAAAAGUCAAUGGCAAUGAAAUUUCCAAUCACCACGUUUUCCUGUGGACCAACAAACAGCAUGAGAGGUGCAGCUUAUCUUUCAGGGCUUAAAAAUGCGAUAGUGGUUGAUAUUGGAGGAACAACUACAGACGUAGGACUCAUAACAAAAGGUUUUCCAAAACUUUCAUCAUCCGAGAUUAGAAUUGGAGGAAUAAGAACUAAUUUUCACAUGCCAGAUGUUAGAAGCAUAGGUUUGGGAGGUGGAUCUUACGUGCGACAAGAAGGCGAAGAAAUUGUAGUAGGACCAGAGAGUGCUGGGUAUAGAAUAUUAGAGGAGAGCUUAGUUUUUGCGAAUCAGGAUGACAUUAGUGACAAGAAGAUUACUGCAACGGACAUUUCGGUUGCAGCAAACAUUUCGAAGGUAGGAACACCCAGAAAUGUCGAACAUCUUCCAAAGAAAUUUAUUGAAAAAUCUGUCGAGGCGAUAAAAAGAAAAAUAGAGGAGUGUAUCGAUGAAACAAAAAUCACAUCCGAAGAUUUUCCAGUGAUUCUGGUAGGGGGUGGUCACAUACUCGUAGAUAAGAAACAAAAGAUGACAGGCGUUAGUGAAAUCAUAAUUCCUGAAUAUUCUGAAGUUGCAAAUGCUAUCGGUGCGGCUCUUUCCCAAGUUGCUGGAAAUGUGGAAUAUGUCAAGAGUUUAGAUGAUCACAUAAACAAAGUAGAAAAAGACAGGAUGAUGUUAGAAGCCUUAAAGAACGACAUGACGGGAGAAGAAAAGGAACGUGUGGAAAUGGAUAUAAGGAAAAGAUUUUAUGAAGAAGCACACAAGAACCUAUUAGAUGAAGCUCGUAAGCUUUCCAUUGCUAAUGCCAUAGAAAAGGGAGCUGAGGAAAAAUCCAUAUUUGUGUUAGAGGAAGGAGAUAUCCCAUUAUCAUAUCUUCCCGGAAAUGCUUCUAAAUUUUUCGUGAAAACAAUUGGUAAUAUAGACAUGAAGAGUCGUCCCGUAAGUCUUGUUCUAAGAAAACUAGAGCAAAGAAACAUGCCAGCUAGCUAUGAAGAAUAUGCCAAAGGCAACAAAGAACAGAAUUCUAGUACAAAUACACUUCUGGCCGGAAAGAAUGAAAACAAAUGCAAAGCAGAGACUCCAUUUGUUAACACAGCUGGGGAAUGGAUUUUGAACGAGUUCGAUGUGGAAUGCAUUACUAUUGGUGCAGGGAUUCUAGGAUCUGGAGGUGGUGGCUCUCCGUAUAUUGGAAAACUAAGGGCUUUAAAUUCUCUUAGGGAAGGGAAACAAAUCAAAAUAGUAAAUCCAUUGAAGAUCAUGGAAAAUGCUGAUGACAGGAAUGAUUUGGUUGUUAUUGUAGCCAGCAUGGGAGCACCACUUAUUGCAGAGGAAAAGCUUCUUGGCAAAGAAAGCCAAGAUGCAUUGAAAUGUAUGGCAGAUUUAUAUUCUGCUGGAUAUUGUAAUGGAGAAAUCCCAGAAGACAUUGAUGUUAUAAAAGAAGAAAACAUCACAUACAUUAAUGAUUUUAAGUGCAAUGAAAAGAAUGAAAUCCUCUCAAAGUACAUGGGCCAGAAGAGAAUUGUUGGUGUGAUGAGUGCGGAAAUAGGAGGCAUAAACUCUGUGGAACCAUUUACUGUUGCCGCUGAAAUGAACCUGCCGGUUUUAGAUUGUGAUGGAAUGGGAAGAGCUUUUCCAGAGCUCCAAAUGCUUACUCCUCUUAUAUACGGAAUGCUACCAUAUCCUUCUACAUUGGCUGAUGCAAAAGGGAGAAGAGCUGUCGUUUUAAAAGCCAAUUCUGCUAAAGAUUUGGAAAAUCAUUUCCGAAAAGUAGUUGUUGAAAUGGGUUGCAUGGCAGGUGUUGUAAUAUCAAGCUUGCAAAAAGACGAUGUGUUGAAGAAAACUGUCCUGUUCACAACUAGUCUUGCGUGGAAAAUCGGAAGGGCUGUAAUUAAUGCCAGAAACAUGAAACUAUCUACAACAGACGCGGUUCUUGGAGUAACCGGCGGAAGAAUAUUAAUAGGUGGUAAAAUAGUUGGCGUAAAGAGAGAAACAACGGGUGGGUUUAAUAUAGGCUAUGUUACCAUAACAUCAUUUAACAGCGACGAUGUCCUGAAAGUUGAAUUUCAGAACGAAAAUGUGGUUGCCACCUUAACGUCAGCUGACAAGGAACAAGUUGUAGCAACUGUCCCUGAUUUGAUCACCAUUGUUGAUACAGAUACCGGGGAGCCAGUACCAACAGAGGCAUUGCGCUAUGGACUUCGUGUAACCGUGCUGGUUUUGCCAGCUCAUGAAAAGUUGAAAACGGCAGAAGCACUUAAAUUUGUUGGUCCUAAAGCUUUUGGAUACAAUUCUCUCACUUACAGACCUUGUUGUGACUCUGUAAGCACGAAUUCUCUGGUUUAAAAUUCCAUGAUUAUUGGCACUGAAAUGAAAAAUUGAAUUUGAAUAUAUGUGUAUAUGGUUAAUGGCUAUUACUCAGAAAGGUACAUUUGACUGGAGGACAUUUUGUAUAUAUUGAAUGCACACAUUAAAUAUCACGCUGUUCCUUGUUCCAUUAUUGAAUGCACACAUUAAAUAUUACGCUCUUACUUGUUCCAUUAUUGAAU